AUGACGACACCAGUCAUUAAUAAAUUGGAUCAAAUUGAAUCAGCAAUCAAACAAAAUUAUAUUCCAAUCGUAUACGGAAUCGGCCUAAUUAGUAAUACAUUAAAUAUAAUACUAUUUUGCCGGCGUAAACUUCGUUAUAAUUGUUGUUCACGAUAUUUUAUAUGUUUAUCGACAUGCCAAAUAUUAUUACUUAAUUUUAAUUGUCUCCGCCAAAUAAUAACUUAUUGGUUAAAUUACAAUGGAUUUUCGACAGUAACCUCUCUAUGUAAGAUCUAUGCUUAUUUUAAUACUCUUUCACUUGCUCUUGUACGACAUUUUAUUUGCUUAAUAUCUGUUGAUCGUUGGUUGGUUUCAUCGACAAAUGCUCGAUUUCGACGUAUAAGUUCACUAAAGAAUGUUCGUUGGAUUAUAAGCUGUUCAUUUCUUUUUUGGAUCAUAUUUUCUAUUCAUGCACCUAUUGGUUUCAUGCCGAUUUCUAGCGGAUGCAGCCCAAUACAUCGUACUGGAUACGCUAUGUUUUUAACUAUUUAUAGUAUAAUGACAUCGGCAGCACCACUUUUUAUUGCUAUUAUUUUCGGUAUAUUAACAUUAACUAACAUACGAGAAAGUUUAAGACAAGUCAAUCCAAUAAACCAUCGAAGAAAUAUAUUUUUCGUUAUCAGUUCUACACAACCAAGACGAAAUCGGUCAGUACACAAAAAGCGAUUAGAUAUGGCUUUUGCUCGUUUAGCUGUGUUUCAGAUUAUUCCCUAUACUUUAUUCAAUUUGAUUUCAUCAAUCAGUAUAAUCAUGAUUUAUUUAAAUUCUCUUGCAAGUGAAAAUGAUAUACAAAAAACUGCCAUAGUAAUAUUCAUUUAUCACUUAGGCAUUUAUAUUCUAUGUUCAUAUGUAUCAAUUUCAUUUAUCUUUUAUGCAUUGGCUUCACAUAUUUUUCGUAAAGAAUUUAUGCUCGUUUGUCAACGAUUAUGUUCCAUUAUAGAAAAUAAUAUAUUAUGUCGUUAA